AUGGUAUUUGAUGCUGCAAAGCCUAUUAAAAGAAAUAAGUCUUUUUCCUCAAUGGAAUCUGUUAUUGAUGAAGAACGGAAAGAAGUAUUAAAAUUUUUGGAAACUCGUGAAAUGCAGUUAUCUAUGGGAUUAAAAAAUAAGUUAAAAAGUUCUAUGCCAUAUGAUGUUUUUGAUUUUAAAUGUCAUGAAAAUGAUUUAGAAGUUGGAUUUAAAUCUGGUGUUACUUCAAAUAAUAUAUUUAAUGCAUCAUCGUCUGAAAGAUUUUCUUCAAAAAGGUCUUUAGUUCGUGAUUGUCCUAUGAGGAACAGGUUUUUAUCUUCAAGCGAUAUAGAACUUAAUUCUUAUAAGACAUGUUUUCGUUUUUCUAAUUGUCUACCUUCUCAGUCAAGUGAGAUUUUUACUAAAUCAUCUAGUAUUCAAAAUGAGUCAGGAAAGGAUAACAAUUUUUCAAAAGAUUAUAGUAGUAUUAAUGUUGUUGAGGCUAAUUGUUGUGAUAAAGAGGGUUUAGAUAGUUAUAUAAAAUCAUCUUCGUAUUUAAAUUCCACUGUUAAUAAAUUGGGUUCUUUAUCUCUUUCAGGUACUUCUGAAGUUGAUGGAAAUGAUCUUGUAUAUGAGUCGCCUAAAGAUUCUUAUUCUUCUGUAUUACCAUCUCGGGUUUUAAAAACUGUAGUAAAUAAAACUCAUAAUUUUAAAAACAGUUCAAAUUUGUGUGAAUCUGGAAUUCUUUCACAUACAAAUAUAGAAUUUUCCUCAGAACAAGAUAUUGAUAUUGAUGAAUAUAGAAAAAUUCAAAAUAUGAAAAUUGAUAUGGGAACUAUCAUUUUUACUGAGGACAGAACUAUAAGAACUAUAAAGCGUGGAGAAUAUUCUUCACCGCUUAGGGAGUCUAGGAAGAUUCGCUCAUAUCUUGUUCCUAUUGAUCUGAGUUCUGAGUCAUUGUACGCUUUAGAAUGGGCUAUAGGGACGGUAGUACGUGAUUAUGAUACCAUGAUGAUUGUGGAAGCUAUAGAUAAAGAUGAUAAGGAUGAUAAAGGUAUUGUGGAAUUGGAAAAAGAAAGAUUGGCUGCAAUGGAAGAGAUAUGUUUAAUUACUCAAAAGUUAUUAAAAAAGACGAGAUUAAUACUUCAGAUUGAAAUUGAAAUAAUUCACCAUAAAGCUCCUAAACAUUUGUUAACAGAAAUGAUUGAUUAUUUAGAGCCAACUCUUGUUAUUCUUGGUAGUAGAGGACGUAGUUCAUUGAAAGGGGUUAUUUUGGGUUCAUUUAGUAAUUAUAUUGUUAAUAAAUCAAGUGUCCCUGUUAUGAUUGCUAGGAAAAAGCCUAGGAAAUUGAAAUCAAAACAAUCUGUUUUUGGCACAAAUAUUCGUAUGGUAAAUAAUUUACUUACUAAGGCUAUCAUAGAUUAA